AUGUAAAAAAGUAAUUCAUAUCAUCUUAAAACCAAUAAGAAACUCAAAUAGUCACCAUUAACUUCUCAUGAGCUACUACAAAAAUUGUUAGAUUUUAAACAAACUCAAACAACAAUGAAUUGUUCUGAUGAAAAUAAGACUAUAGUAAUGGGUGGAAAUUUAGCUAAACAAAUUUCUAAAUCAAUUUCAAUAGGAAGUCAAAGUUGUAAAGAAAUAGUACCUCAUAUUAUUGAAAAUGAUCAUCCUCAAAGAAAGAAGGAGGAAAUCUUUCAUACAUUAAAGAAAUCAUCAAAUCAUGUUAGACACAUAAGCUAAAUAUGGUCAAUAAGAAAUAGAACUGAUAGUAAUUGUCAUACUCCAAGAAAAGAAGGGGUAAAAGAUUUUAUUUAAAAUGCAAGCAUCUUUUUAUAAGAGAAACUAUUAGAAAAUAAGUUAGAUAAACUUUGCUAUUAAGUGUAAUAAUUAAUAAAUAAAUCUGAUUAAUUAGAAUUAUAAAAUAAAUUACUCUUUGAAAAUUUGAAGCAACAUCAAAGUGACCAAAAUAAUAUUCAAGUAUGAAAAGUUAUAUAGUAAGGAAAGAAAAGUAUUGAUAGGAAAGCUAGAUUAAAUGAUAAUGAUGUAAAAGAAAUAAGAAUAAAGCUUAAAUUAUUUUAAGUAAUUGUGCUAAAAAAAUGACGAAGGUAGAAGAGUGAAAACUUAAACAUCUUAUCCAAAAUUGAGACCAACAUUAUAUUCAGGUUAUUUAGGAUUAAAAAUUUGA